AUGGGAGGGCUCCACGUCACGGGGGCCGUUCGCCGCCCCGCCAAUAGGAGGAGAGACGGCGGCGGCGCGCGGAGGCCCCCGGGCCGCGCCUCCCCGCCGCCCGCCGCGCGGGGGGAGCCCGAGGUCACGGUGGAGAUCGGGGAGACCUACUUGUGCCGCCGCCCCGACAGCACCUGGCACUCGGCCGAGGUGAUCCAGUCUCGGGUGAACGACCAAGAGGGACGAGAGGAAUUCUACGUGCACUACGUGGGCUUUAACCGGCGGCUGGACGAAUGGGUAGACAAGAACCGCCUGGCGCUAACCAAGACCGUGAAGGAGGCCGUGCAGAAGAACUCGGAGAAGUACCUGAGCGAGCUGGCCGAGCAGCCCGAGCGCAAGAUCACCCGCAACCAGAAACGCAAACACGAUGAAAUCAACCACGUCCAGAAGACCUAUGCGGAGAUGGACCCCACCACGGCGGCCCUGGAGAAAGAACACGAGGCGAUCACCAAGGUGAAGUACGUGGACAAGAUUCACAUUGGGAACUACGAAAUCGAUGCCUGGUAUUUCUCCCCGUUCCCGGAGGAUUACGGGAAGCAGCCCAAACUCUGGCUCUGCGAGUACUGUCUCAAGUACAUGAAGUUUGAGAAGAGCUACCGGUUCCACCUGGGGCAGUGCCAGUGGAGACAGCCCCCCGGCAAGGAAAUCUACCGCAAAAACAACAUCUCUGUGUAUGAGGUCGAUGGCAAAGACCAUAAGAUUUACUGUCAGAAUCUGUGCCUGCUGGCUAAACUCUUCCUGGACCACAAGACCCUCUACUUCGACGUGGAGCCCUUCGUCUUCUACAUCCUGACCGAAGUCGAUCGGCAAGGGGCGCACAUAGUGGGCUACUUCUCCAAGGAGAAAGAGUCCCCAGAUGGGAACAACGUGGCCUGCAUCCUGACCCUGCCCCCCUACCAGCGUCGCGGCUACGGCAAAUUUCUCAUCGCUUUCAGCUACGAGUUGUCGAAGUUGGAGAGCACAGUGGGGUCCCCCGAGAAGCCGCUGUCCGACCUGGGCAAGCUGAGCUACCGCAGCUAUUGGUCCUGGGUGCUCCUGGAGAUCCUGAGAGACUUCCGGGGCACGCUGUCCAUCAAGGACCUCAGCCAGAUGACCAGCAUCACCCAGAACGACAUCAUCAGCACCCUGCAGUCCCUCAACAUGGUCAAAUAUUGGAAGGGGCAGCAUGUGAUCUGCGUGACCCCGAAGCUAGUGGAAGAGCACCUCAAGAGCGCGCAAUACAAGAAGCCUCCCAUCACAGUGGACUCUGUCUGCCUCAAAUGGGCCCCACCGAAGCACAAACAAGUGAAGCUGUCCAAGAAGUGAAGUGGGUUGGGGGGGGGGGGGGGACACAGGCUACGACCACCACCGGCCCCAGGGACCCCAGCAUCACCCCCCGGAGCAUCACCCCCUACUCCAUGCCUGCUGAGUUGCUCCGCCUUCCUUAUAAAUAUGUAAAUAGAUACUCACUCCUUCCCAGAUUCCUAGAAUUAUUUUUUUAAAUAAAGAGACCUGAACCUGG